AUGUAUAGCGGAAAGACUUAUAAAAUUCUUUUGGCAAUCGAAGAAUCAUCUAUUUCACAUAAUGCAAUUGAAUACGCGUUCGAUCUAUGCUCGCGUUUAAAAGAUCCGUAUAUUCUAUCAAUAAUCUAUGUCAUUGCAUUAAAUCCUGAAACAAGUGUCCCUUUUCUGCAUAAUCUAGACAAAGCAAAUAAUCUUGAUAUUCUUCUUGAUGCAAAAGAGACUGUGGGCAAAAUAAGAGAUUAUUUGAAGACAUACGAUCAUAACUACCCGAAUGUACAAUAUGAUUUUAUUGAACACGAAAGUCAUGGAACCGUCGGGGAAAUUCUAACAGAAUAUAUUUCUCUACAACAACCGAAUUUGUUAAUUAUUGGAUCAAGGAAUCUUGAAGGUUUACAAAAGGUCCUGUCUUUCCAUAAAGAAAUCACACCUCCGAAAGAAGGGGAAGGGGUAAAGAUUAAUUUCGUUACUCGCGAAGGCGAUAAAAAAACAAUAGUAGCCAAUGUUGGGGAUAGUAUUAUGGACAUUACUCAAUCACAUGAUAUUGAUUUAGAAUGCGCGUGUGAAGGAUCAUUAGCGUGCUCUACGUGUCAUGUAAUUGUAGAACCAAAGUAUUAUGAGAAACUAGAAGAACCGACAGAUGAGGAAAAUGAUAUGUUGGAUCUUGCAUUUGGUUUAACAGAAACUUCACGGUUAGGAUGUCAGAUCGUGAUGAGAAAAGAUCUAGACGGGAUAACUGUUACCAUACCUUCUGCAACGAGAAAUGUGAAGUUGGAAGAAAUGAAAUUGUCAUAG